UGAGGAAAACAGAUGAUGAGGAAAUCAGUCCUUCGGCGUGGCCUUCCUGAUUGUCCAUGCCUCUAGUCCGCUUCCUGCUCUGGAGCCCCUCCCAGAGCCGACCUCUGCACUCCAUAGCCCGGAUGUAGCAAGAGAAACGAGAUGCUUCUGGAGCCUGUUCGGCUGCGUGAGCCGUCCAGGGUAGAUUCAUCGCGCGCCUGGGACCAAAUAUUCAGCAGUUGCUUGUAACUCAGAUCCAGCUACUUUGCUGGCUUGCGAGACCAGGCUAUUACUCUGCAAACAGGAGCAGAAGUGUCUUCUUUCAUCCGAUCGCCUCUUUGCCUGACCAGGAGCCACUGGCUCGUAGCCGCCCCACUUCGCGCUGCGAGCGACGUGGAUUUGAGACCCGUAACGGGCCAGAGCCUAGCUAGCGCGAGCAAAUGACGGAGAGCGCAUGUGCUGUGCCGCACGUCUGCGCGUCAGCGGUCAGGAGUCCAAGCCAUUCCUGCCCACCCCCACCCCGGGCCGCUCCCUUUCUCGUUUGCUCUAUCCAAAGGUGCGGCAGAGGUCCGGCGUGACGCAUGCGCGUCUUGGUGCAGACUAGCGCGCAUGCUCUGGAGUGUGCACAUUUUCUCCCCUCCGAGAACUGCGCUUGAUGGUACGGCCUGGGCGGGGCGAGGCAGAAGCCGCGAAAUCCGCGCGAAAUCCGCGGGAACUAGCUUUUUGGCGCCAUGGCGCAAAGUCGUGUUACCGAUUUCUACGCGCGCCGUCGCCCGAGCCUUACUGCUCCGCGGGCCAAGUCGGCCUGUCUCACCCCGAGCCCCGGUGGGCUUGUGACCCCCGAGUGCACCCGGAGCAGCAGCCGCAAGCGUGCUCGUCCCGCCACCGAACCCAGGAGCGACCAGCCCGCACCGCCCGCGCGCCGGAGGCUGCGGCUUCCUGGACUGGACUCCUGCUCCAGUUCCCCAGCUGAUCCCAGCUCUCCAGCUGACCCUGGCUCCCCAGUAAGCCCAUCUCCUGUCAAGAGAAUAAAGAUCACCACUGUUUCAGAAGGUCCAGGCCUUUCUGCCACAGCUCAAAAGCAGGACAAGGUCUCCUCAGAGGACUCCAUCUCUGAGCUCCAGUCCUGUCUGAGGCGGGCCCGUAAGUUGGGAGCCAGGGCUCGGGCCCUGAGGGCCAAAGUCCAGGAGAAUGCUGUGGAGUCUUGUACGCCAGAUGCCAAGGUGCCCACAGAGCAACCAUGUGUCGAGAAAGUCCCUGCCUACCAGCGCUUCCAUGCCCUGGCCCAGCCUGGUCCCCCUGGCCUUAUCCUGCCCUACAAGUAUCAAGUGCUGGCCGAGAUGUUCCGUAGCAUGGACACCAUCGUGAGCAUGCUUCACAAUCGAUCUGAGACUGUGACCUUUGCUAAAGUCAAGCAAGGUGUCCAGGACAUGAUGCGCAAGCGCUUUGAAGAGCGCAAUGUGGGCCAGAUCAAAACCGUGUACCCCACAUCAUAUUGCUUCCGCCAGGAAUGCAAUGUCCCCACUUUCAAGGACAGCAUCAAGAGAUCUGAUUACCAACUCACCAUAGAGCCCUUGCUGGACCAGGAGGCUGGUGGCGGUGCCACGCAGCUCACAGCCACGUGCCUCUUACAGCGCAGGCACAUCUUCCGACAGAACCUGGUGGAGCGAGUCAAGCAGCAUCACAAAGCUUUCCUUGCUGCAUUGAACCCCCCCAUGGCCGUGCCUGAAGACCAGCUGACCCGCUGGCACCCCCGCUUCAAUGUGGAUGAAGUGCCUGACAUUGAACCAGCCGAACUGCCCCAGCCUCCCGUCCGGGAGAAGCUCACCACCGCCCAGGAGGUGUUGUCCCGAGCCCGCAGCUUGAUGUCACCCAAGAUGGAGAAGGCCUUGAGUAACCUGGUCCUGCGCUCAGCCGAGCCUAGUAGCCCUGGGUCGUCCUCUAGUCCAGCACUCCCAGCCACCCCCCCAGCCACCCCCCCAGCUGCCUCUCCCAGUGCCCUGAAGGGUGUGUCCCAAGCCUUGCUGGAGCGGAUAAGGGCCAAGGAGGUCCAGAAGCAGCUGGCACAGAUGACCCGGUGCCCGGAACAGGAGCUCCGGCUGCGGCGGUUAGAGCGCUUGCCAGAGCUGGCCCGUGUGUUGCGUGGUGUCUUUGUGUCUGAGCGCAAGCCAGCGCUCACUAUGGAGGUGGUCUGCGCAAGGAUGGUGGACAGUUGCCGAGCUGCCCUGAGCCUGGGGGAGAUGGAGAAGCACGUCUUGCUCCUAUCUGAGUUGCUGCCAGACUGGCUCAGCCUGCAUCGCAUUCGGACUGACACCUACGUCAAGCUGGACAAAGCUGCUGACCUAGCCAGCCUCACCGCCAGGCUGACCCACCAGGUCCACACUGAGGGGCUGUGACCGAGUUCUUCACCGGCUGGUCUGUUCCCUUUAUCAGUACAGCACAUACGAGCUUCCCUGUCUCUGUCACAGGCCCCAAGGGCCUGCUGCCAGUAUGGGCAGCAAUUGUGCCCAUGGGUCUCAGAAAGUGUUGGUGUUAAAUUGGUUCCCGAGGCUUUGGUACCCCAGGCCCAGCACUUGUGUGAGUGUUGGGGAAGUAGACUGGGGGAGCAGAGUAUGUUGGAUGUCCAUCCCACGAACUACUCAUCUAGUCGAGGUCCAGAUGGAAGCCCUAGGCUAGCCUCGCCUGCUCCUCCGCGCUCGUGAUAGCUGUCUUGCUUAGAGCCUUAAGACCCACACAGAGAACUUGGACUUCUGGCUAGGUUUCACAAGGACAGUGAGUUCUGAAUGGCAGAGUGAAAUUGGGCCUUCUGUAUAUAAUAAAAUCGUGUAAAUAAAAGUACUACGGAGACUAAACCGAACAGGUCUCCAUAAAAUCCCUUUAAACAAUG